AAUUCUAAAAUUCUGCCCCAAAAAAGAAAACCCUAUAUCAAUGUCGGAAUUACCAACAAUCUCCGACGCCGGCGAAUUAUCACCGGCGACAACUUCCCGUUCCGUCACCGACACGAUUAACGGUUCACACCGUUUCGUAAUCGAAGGUUAUUCAUUAGCUAAAGGAAUGGGAAUCGGAAAGCAUAUAGCAAGUGAUACUUUUACAAUCGGAGGUCAUCAAUGGGCGAUUUACUUCUAUCCAGAUGGAAAAAAUCCGGAGGAUAAUUCGACGUAUGUGUCGGUUUUCAUUGCCUUAGCUAGUGAAGGAACGGAUGUUAGAGCGUUGUUUGAGUUGACGCUUGUGGAUCAGAGUGGGAAAGGGAAGCAUAAGGUGCAUAGUCAUUUUGAUCGGUCGCUUGAGAGUGGGCCUUAUACGUUGAAGUAUCGCGGCAGCAUGUGGGGAUACAAACGGUUUUUUAGACGAGCAUUGCUUGAGACUUCAGAUUAUUUGAAGGAUGACUGCUUAAAGAUUAAUUGCACUGUUGGAGUUGUGCGCUCUACGAUAGAUUGUUCGAGCUUGCAUACAAUUCAGGUCCCGGAUCCGGACAUUGGAGCACAUUUUGGCAUGCUUUUGGAAAACAUGGAAGCCUCAGAUAUUAUUUUCAAUGUGGCUGGUGAAAAGUUUCAUGCUCAUAAGUUGGUAAUGGCUGCUCGUUCUCCUGUAUUCCGCACUGAAAUUGUGUAUAAACAGGAUGGCAAUGAGCAGGAAAUUGUGGUUAAUGAUAUGGAACCUGAGGUCUUCAAAGCUAUGCUGCACUUCAUAUACAGGGAUGCUCUUGUAGAAGAAGAGCUAGAAGCAACUAGUACUUCUUCUUCUACCCCCCGUAUAUCUGACACUAUGACGGCAAAAUUGCUAUCAGCAGCUGAUCGGUAUGAUUUAACACGACUGAGGAGGUUGUGCGAGUCUCAUCUUUGCAAAGAUAUCUCCGUCAACUCUGUUGCACAAAUUCUUGCUUUAGCAGACCGUUACCAUGCUGCCGAGCUCAAAUCAGUUUGCCUAAGUUUUGCUGCUGAAAAUCUUGCUGCUGUUAUGCAAUCAGAUGACUUUGAAUACCUUAAGGAGAACUGUCCCUCUCUUCAGUCAGAGCUUCUUAAAACCGUGGCAGGUUGUGAGGAUGAUUGUAGCAGUGGAGGUGGAAAGUCUAGAAGUGUUUGGGCACAGCUUUCAGACGGUGGCGACACCAACGGAAGGAGAGUCAGGCAACGGACCUGAUUUCAGAUAUAGGAAAUUGUUAAAUUUGUUUUAUUGUGUAUGUAUAUUGGAGGAGGAUAUGCUGGAAAUGUCAUGAAACUAGAAAAAUAAUACUAAUAGAAAGGUAAAUGUUCAUUAGUUCUCUGUAGCAUCUUUGAUAAACGUCUCGUGUGGUGUAACCUGAAAGUUGCUAAAUGCACCAAUUGGUACCUUUUUGAUGACACCGAGUUCUGGUUUACGUUGGCUAGUUAAGGUAAAACUUGAUCUGUAAAUCCUCAAUGUAAGGAUAGUGUUGUUUGCAUUCAAGCAUGUUCUUGUAUAGUAAAAAGAUGUUGGAUCA